CCAAAUUAAACGGUACCGUUUUUGUGCAAUUUCUCUAGAAAUCACCAUUAAAUUGAAAAUUAAUAAAUCCUAAGGAGGGAGCUGGUGAGAGAGCCGGGGAAAUGGCGCAACCGAGCAAAGAGCCGUGCAAGAAAGAAGCUUGCGACAUUCAAGCUUGUCUCUCCAAGAAUAACUUCCUUCCUCAGAAGUGCCUUAAAGUUAUUGAAAAUCUUCAUUCUUGCUGUGAGAAAUGCGAGUACAAGUCAACACAUUGUGGUUCUCUGUCUAGCCUUCUGAAGCAAAUUCCCAAGUGAGAGCCAAUAUCUUCUGUGUGCAAACUACAAGGCAUUCAUGUUUUGCUAGUUUUCACUAGGGGAAUACAAGAAAUCAUGGUAUUUCACGGUAUACAACAAAUCAAUUUCUUUUGGCUUUUCCGGUAGAGAUAUGUGAGGAUCUAUAAUAAUACUGUCCAAGAAAAAAGAGCUAGAGAACUUUUUAAUGGGGAUUUCAAUCACAAUCACAAGAAAUGUUCAUUGUACUUGCAUGCUUAUUGACAUGUUUUAACUGCUCAAAGAUUCAUAUGAACAAUGCGAAGUGGAUUCUUAAAUACUUAUGCUAGUUACAGGUUGCUUGAUUUCUUGAA